UGCUCUCGGAGAUGCAAAUGUGCAAUACUGUUUAGAGUCGAAUGUGAAUGUAUACAAUGACAGACAGACCAGCGGUUCUUCAAUUUCAGAGAAGCCCGAACAGAAAGUCGGAAAGAUCGAGGUUAAACCUUUUCCCGAAAGUGAGAAAGCCCGUGUCUACCGCCUUCGGCCUCCUCGCUGUUUUGGGUUGGAUUGUACCAGCUACGAACUGCUUCACGGCUCCCAUUGCUCUGUCUACCGCCCGGCUCCGGGGAGUUCCUCCGAAUAACCCGCAGGUGGUCCCGUUAGGCUUUCCUGUCCAAGCAUGGAUACCACUUUCGGCAAAACUGGAUGCCGACGAUACGCAACCAGAACCGUCUCUAUUUGGCUUUCCGCGAGAUUCGGUCGGUAACCCGUUGGUGCUGCUCCUUCUUUCCCAAUUCAUCCUUUUUAUUGGAGUCGGUGCUGUCAUUCCCUCCAUUCCGCUCUAUGGCAAAGAAAUUGGACUCUCCAGUGCCACGAACGGCAUUGUCAUUUCGGCUCCAGCCGUGGCUCUCUUGUUGGGCGCCAAAUGGGGUGGUAAUUUUGCCGAUCGCGCCCGCAAACCCGCAAUGCUCAUGGGUAUGGCUGCCAUUGCUGUGGCGGACAUUGGCACCGCCUUGGCCACCAACAUUGUGGGAUUGUUGGUGGCGCGCUUGGGACUAGGUGCCGGUCGAUGUGUUUCGGAAGCAGGCGAACGUGGCAUGCUGGCCGAUCUCGCCGGCUUGGCGCCGAAUUUGCGGGGUCGAGCACUGGCAGCACAACAAGCCACAAUUGCGCUGGGCAUUGCUAUCGAUGCUCCCGUGGGUGGCAUUGUGGUAGAAACGUACGGGGUUCGUGCUUCGUUUUUGUGUGUCAGCUUUGCAGCAGUGUUAACGCUUAUACUGUACAUCUUUCUCCCGGAAACUAUUGGAGCAACUUCGCGUGCGACGUCAAAGAGUAGACAAUUGGAAGUGGAAACGCCGAUAGGCGCACCUGGGAAGACCCUUGAUUCGGCGAAAUUUUAUAUCUCUGAAGGCGACUGGGGGAAGCUACUUUCUAAGAACCAGUGGCGAGGUCUCGCCCUAUGCCAAUGCGGAGCAAGCUUUGGAUUCGCCUGCAAGAUUGCUAGUAUUCCUUUAUUGGCAGUUAAUGUGCUACCUGGAGGAGCCGUUGGCGCGGGUGCUCUAUUGUCGGCUGCCGGCUUAAGUGGUUUGUUAGGAGCACCAGUUGGAGGCUGGCUUACAGAUCGAACUAGCGCAAAGUCUACAGCUAUCCUCAGUGGGACUUUUAGUGCAAUAAGUCUCAUGCUGGUGCCCGCUGCUCUUAGCCUUUCUGCUACCAGUAGCAUGGGAUCGUUUCUCAUCCCGAUCGGUGUACCACAGAUUGGACUUCAAAGCGCUGCGUUCUCUGCCGUAGUACUGGGCUGGAGUGUCGGAGCGUCAGCUCAAGGGCCUGCUUUGACCGCGUAUGCGCAAGAGAUGGCCCCAGCUGGAGCCGAAGCCACUGCAUUGGCCUUACCACGAGCAGCUGGAGACGGAACGUACAUCUUCGCGCCAUUUAUUCUGGGGAUCGUUGCGGAUACAAUUCUCGGAAUGCCUGGUAUUGAAUGUGCCGCUGCCGGUCUUGCUACCCUUUUCGGCGUCUUUGCGCUAGGUGUGCUCUGCAAAGAUGAUUCGCCAUAG